AUGUCUGGUAACUCGAGAUUCUCGUCGUUCAAAGGCUUCAAGCUCGCGGCCUCCUCCUCAUCCCCUUCGCUCGUUACUUCCCUUUCAGACAACCUACCCCCGCCACCUCCACCGAAGGACAACAGCUAUUCAAGUAAGAAACGAAACAAACAAUCAACGAGGAGAGACGAUGAGAGUGUUCCAAGCACACCUAUUAGCAUCAACACACAGUUUGCAUCCUACUCAACUCUCAUUUCUACCGGCGAUACAGGGCGGAGACCCAGUACGAGCUCGAGGCAGGGCCAGGAUUCCGACUACGAUCUUCAAAGCAACCAACAAACAUCUCGGACGGCAGGGUAUCUCAAUCCGUCUCCCAACCCGUACUCGCGUUCCAACGUCAGCCUAAACAACCCUUCUGCGUCCGCCGUGUCUCUGGUCUCGCAAGUGUCCACAAGCAAUCAGUUCAAUGGUGGUGAUACUUUGAGACCUGGUGAAGCUGCACGGGGGAAAGUCAAAGCGGUAGCAAGUGCUAGCGCGUUCCUUCGCGGCAUCAUGGGCAAGCGCUCACCUAGUCCCAACCCAAGCGUGGCUGCAAGCAGCAGUGGAGAUAACGAUGGCGGGGCGUAUCUGAAUCCUAACGGGAACGCGCAAUCAAGCUCUGCGCAAAGCGUACGCAGUCUCAAGAGCAUGAAGAGCAUGGGCGCGGUGAAGGGGUCCGGUGGGAAGGGUAAACUGAAGAGUCUCUUUGGGAGUGGAAGUAGUCGAAGCACGGGAAGAGACAGAAGCGGCAGUGAGGCGAGUUCCAGGACUGGCAUUUAUGAGAGCGACGGCGAUGAUGGGAUAUCAACUCCAUGGAAUUUCCAGCAUAAUAUCCACGUCGACGAGGGACUGUCAGGCCUUCCGCCGUCGUGGUCUACUCAGCUGAAGGAAGCAGGUUUUAGUGACGAGGAGAUUGUUAUGAUUAUUGAACGGCGUCGACUGCAACAGCAACAAAUGGGAGCCUAUAUAUAUAACAACAAUACUCCUCAACCCAAACCACCUCCGCUGACCCCGAUCACGUCCUCCACAGGAACCGUUUUGAUACAACCCAACCCCCGAUCUACCUCUCUCCGAAAUGCAUCUAAUGGCUCGACGAACCCCGGCCACUCAAGACUCGGCUCUGCAGUCACAAAUGCCAGCACUGCGUCAUUGAGUAAUUCAAUAGCAUCGUCGAGAUCUCGUGGAACAUCUGAUGAUCAAAACUCUGCUAUACACCCAUACACAUACAAUUAUCCGAUGCCCCCUCUCCCACCUCCGUUAAACCAUAAUGCUCAAAAUAGCCGACCUUCAUCCCCUCCUUUAUCUUUGCCCGACCUACCCCCUCCUCAACCGCUGCAUAUCAGUUCAUCAACACAGCCUUCCCCUUCAUCACCGUAUCCUCCGCCUUCCUCGCAAUUGCCACCAACUCCGUCAUCGCAUCCACCGCACAAUGAACAACCACUGUACCCAGCGCCAACAACACCACCUCGACGUCCAGCUCCCAACCUAUAUGUUAUGAAUGGCAUCGGAUCGCCAGGGUCGCCACCUCCUGCAUAUAUGCCUCCAAUCAAUGGGACAGGUUAUGGAUAUAGCAAAGACGAAAAGGAGAAAGAGCAAGAUCGGUCCGCCGGCGUCACUAGGUCAAGAUCUCAAAGGGAUACCAUCAUGCAAAGGAAACCUAGUGAUAUAUCCUCGACGAUCUCUGGUUAUUCUGCUGACAGAGAUGCUUUGGGCUCAGCAUCAGACGCCUCUCCUCAGUUACAGAGUGCUCGCGGGGAAGAUGACCUUUUCGACGCGAACGGUGUUUCUCUUUCUUCGGAUAUCAGUGUUACGCCAACUUCUCGCGCGAAACGACGCUCCAAACGGUUUUCACGGACAAUGCCCCCAAGACUAUCUCUCACCCUCAAGGACGACGGUGGCGGCGACGAUUUGAGUUUGUGGAGUGAGGCUGUCUUCUCAGCUAUACCUAGUACGGCCGAUGAGGAAGAGUUCGGGAAGAAGGCGAUGAUUGGUUCUCGAUAUGCUCCUAGUGCUAGUGGGAGCGAUAAGGAUAGCUGCCGGUUCGAUUCGUCAACUGUAUCCGCCAAGUAUUCCGGUACGCGAUCGAUGCGCAGCGGGAGUAACGCCAGUACGUAUAGCGAUGAUAAGGUCGAGGAAGGAUACCGAAGGAUAAGCCAUUGGGAACGCGAACAGGAUAGGAUUCUCCGCGAACUACCCAGUCCUACACCUCCACUAUUAGCCGCUAGAAAAACAUCAUCCAUGGUUCCUGUGCCUCGUGCCGCCACUUCCGCUCCCUCGCCCACUUCAUCUAAGCCAUCACCGAUUCCUUCAGGAUCGCCGGGUAGUUUCUUAUCUCCAGGUGAUCCUACACGAUCGGUCUUGUUCGACGAAAUCAUGUCUGUCGUCAAUCCUUCGUCACGAGGCCCCAAGUCGGCAGGUGAAGAGCCCGCUCUUAGUGAAACUACUUCCCCAACGCUCCCUACAAGCCCCGAGAACGCUCGUCAAAACGCCAUCAAAUUCCAGGUCAACAUGUUUGGGGCAGAUUCGAGUGACAACGGCACGAAGACGGAAAAUUCGAGCCGACUCUCGAACCUGCUUGAGGCAGAAGACGAGGAUGCGAGCAGUAAUCGACUUAGCACACUCACGGUGGGAGAUGACUCUUAUGAUGACAGAAGGGAUGCGAACAGGGAUUCCAGCAUGUCGACAAUAUCUUCGGCAACGGUCACCAAUGCCACAAUCGUCCGCUCGGCAUCGUAUGCAACGAGGGCCAUCGCAAAUGUGGCAGUGAUUGCACCUCGGACAGACUCACCGGCCUCUUCGUCCGACUCUGCCCGAUCUACGUCCCCUGCGCCAGCCGAGGGAAAUGGUCUGCCGCUCGUCAAUGGUGCAGGCAAGCGAGGCGAGCUUACACUUGCACCCGCUGCGUUGGUUAGUGGCCCUGUCCAUUCCCCAACGUAUCUAAGCCCAGUGAGCCCGUCUGCUGUUGAUGCAUAUGGUGGGCUUGCUCCUAGCCCACCUGAAUCGUCUGGGGUGCAGUCGCAUCUCGACCCACCUCCACCUCCUGCUGCUGAACGAGAUACGCUCCAGAUCGCAGCUUCGGAUGUUAAGCAGUAUCCUGCAUCCCCGCAGAGUUCUCAUUUCGGUAGUGAAGAGAGCUCCUGGUCUGGAACAGGCUCGUCUAGUUCAAUUUCUCGGGAGCAACCAACGCCGAUAUCAGAGAUAGAGAGCGAGCCAACUAUACUAGCCCACCACAAAUCGUACUCGGAUAAACUUCUGCCGCUGACGGACCCUAUGAAGGAGGUGAUUGGCUUUGGACCAGCGUCCCUCCACUCGACGAAGGGCGCGACUGGUUUAUCGCGGACGCUUACGACUUCAUCCAUAUCACCUCUAUCCCCUUACCAGAGGUAUCGCGGUUGGCAACAUGAAGUGGUGAAGCCUCUAGAGGAGUUCAUCGACGAGGCCGUUGAUCCACGGGAUUACUACCUAGACCUACAAGAAAUUGCGGAGGGAGAAAGUGGAUCCGUCUUUUCUGCUCGGCUCGCUUCAUCCGAUAAGAUACAUAAGUUGAAGCUCCCUCCUCUGACGAAGGCGCGUGAUGCGGAAGAGCGAGGAUCAAACAAGCCGACACUCGUUGCGAUAAAGAAUAUUCCCAUCCUACCUUCUGGAUCACCCAAACUGGUGGACCUGCGGCGCGAGUUGAAACUCAUGAAGGGGCUUUGGAAUUCCAAUAUUCUGGGCAUGGACGCAGUAUAUGUUGAUCUUGUUGAAGAUUCCCUAUGGAUUCGAAUGGAGCUCAUGGAGAGGAGCCUGGCUGACGUCGUCGCGUUAGUCCCUGAAGGCUUGGUGCUGCUCGACAGGAUGAUAGCGAGAUUUGCGAACGACAUUCUCUUGGCACUCGACUAUCUGCGAAAACAUAGGAUUGCUCACCGAGACGUCCGCUCGGAUAAUCUACUCCUCAACAGUCAUGGUAUCCUCAAACUCGCUGAUUUCACGCAUGCUAUCCAAGUUCCAUCUGAAGGUUCCGAAUGCUCCGACGUUGUUGGCGUAGUCUAUUGGCAGGCACCUGAGAUGCGGUCGGGACCAUAUGACCCGCUCAAAGUCGAUAUUUGGUCGCUCGGUGCUACCGUUUGGGAAAUGGCCCAGGCUGAGCCGCCCUUCUCAGCCAAUCACCAGCUCGCCUCCCGUUGGCCGCCCCUAACGAACCCGAACAAUUUCUCUCCCAGUUUUCACGACUUUUUACGCCUGUGCUCGGAACCAGCUGCAACCAGGCCUGACGCUGGUGAUUUGAUGAAGAAAUCUUUCCUUCAAAACGUUUGUGGGCGGCCGGUCAUUCAGCAACUACUUUCACGAUGCACACAAAUUGAGACCGACAUGCAAGCAGUAGAAGACGAGCCCUAA